UUACUUCGUAGCACCACCAGGGAACAUACCUAAAGAAUAAAGAACAUGGAGCAAAUUUUACAAAAAAUUGGCACAGGCUUUAUUAACUUAACAGAACGAGGAUUUACCUAUGGUCCUCAAGGAAAAAUGCUGUACCGUAAUGUUGAGAAUUUAUGGUUUCAGCACUGUAUCACCAUGCCCCAUUAUAAUGUCUUUCCAACAUCUUCUGAUCAAGUAAAUGAAACUUUGAACUACUUAGCAGAUACCGCAGUGGAUACAUUGCCAUUUGGGCUUGCAAUUAUAGAAAAUUCAAAAACUACUUGGAACCAAAGCUUUUUUCAACCUGGUUGGAAAACUUUUUCCCAUAAAAUUGCAAAAGUAUCUAUAAUAGCAAAUGAAUCUACAGCUAAGGAUUUAUUUCACAAAAAGCAAAGAGAGCGUAAAGUCUGGUGGCGUAAAAUUGCACAGGAUCCAUCUAGAUUUGCAUUCACCGAAGCAAAAAGAAGCAAGAACCGUGAAUCCAUUGAAAUAGAGGCACAAUUUCCUUUUGGAAAUAUAGUAGUUGAUACAAUAACUCACAAUCGUAACGUACGGAAGUUAUUUACUCAGGAUGACUACAGUGGAAAUAGCAUUUGUGAUUCCCAUCUAGUAGAGCAUAUCACAUCCCUAGAUUGGGGGUGUCUUGCACUAUUGUGUGACGGUGUUGGCAAAUCAGGAAAUUUUAAUAUUCAUCCAAAACUAUCGCCGUACAAAGUCACGUUUCACGCCCCAUCGACGAAUACAGACACUGAUUAUUUUUCAGAAGAUGCGAAUCAAUUGAUAGUCUAUCUUAACAAUUUAUUAAGGGCAAGAGGUCUCGAUACAAUUCUAACGCAAGAUGAUCGAGCCACAGAGAUAUAUUGCGCUCCCUUCAUUGUUAAGGUUGACGAAACGAGUCUCAAAAAUGGUCUUGUGAAAGUUAUAAGUAAAUCAACAACGUUGGCGGAAACUGUUCACAUAACCAGCCUGGCAAAAUAUCUGGUAUCCAGAUGCAGUUACUCGCAAGGAUGAAACAUGAGGCAAACUUUUGCGUUUCUGGAUUUUUAGAUAUAUUAAGCGCUUACAAUUUGUAAUUAUUAUAGUCAUAUUUAAUUAUUAAAAUCAUAAUAUAACAACUUAAA